AUGAAAAUCGCGCUCCGCAAAUUUCGAAUACCGGGUUCUCUACCUCCUGCAUCCUGCGUUCCGGGUCCGCUUCCUCGUGCAACUCGAGUUCCAGGACAAGCGCUCCGUAGUUCCUGCGCUCAAAGUCCACUACCUGGUGAAACUGGACUUCCAGGACAAGCGCUUCGUGGUUCCUGUGGAGCAGUUUUCCAGUUUUUCGUAGUUCUCCAUUGUUCCUGCGCUUCAGGUCCACUACCUGGUGUAACUCGACUUCCAGGACACGCGCUCCGUGGUUCCUGCGCUCCAAGUCCGCUAUCUGGUACAACUCGACUUCAGGGACAAGCGCUCAGUAGUUUUCGCGCGCCGGGUCCACUACCUGGUGAAACUCGAUUUCUAGAACAAGCGCUCCCUAGUUCUGACUGUCCAGGUCCUUGACCUGGUGACUACUGACCUUCAGGACUAAUUUUCAAGUUUACAAGUUUGAUUAUUGCAAACGUCAUGUUUUGUACCAUCAAACCAAUAUGCGUGCUUCGGAUACAAUUUUGAAUCGGGAUAAUAACCGUACGACCACGAUCAACAAAUUGCAAUUGCAAUUUGGCAUUCAUCCUUACACAAUAUUUUUGAUGUGUUUUAAUACUGGAAA